GCUUCCUAUUUGGCAUGUCUUUUGUAAAGACAGUCUUUCAUCGGCAGUGCAAUAUGCUUCAGGUGAUGCUUGUGCCCUGGCAAAUGAUGAUGAAAAUGUCCAGGAAAAGGUGGAAGACGCUGGUCCCAGACUGGAGUCUGAGCAUGCAGACUCAAGUACACAGAGUUACUCUACAGAAGAGCUACUUGAUGACUUUACAAAAUCUGACCAGACUACAGAAACGAGUGAAGCAAGCCAGCCUGAAGUUGAGACUCCACCUUCAGUAGAUUUAAAUGAAGCUUCGUCUAGCAUAGUUGCAAGCACUGAAAACAUUUCCAGUUCACCUACCUCAGAGAUACCUCCAGUCUCGCAGCCCGACCUUGCAGGUCAACAUAUAGAGAACAUAUCAUCUUCACAUGGCAAGGGAAAGAAGACAAAAUCUGAGUUUGAGUCGAAAGUUUCAGCAGCUGAAAAGGGUGCAGAUGAGCAAAAAUCUGCUCUGAAUGCCUCAGAGAACUUAAAAAGGGAGAAAGACUAUAAGAAAACAGGAGAAAUUGACCCUACAUCGGUGAUGACUCCAAAGGACCCUGGAGACAUUCCAACAUUUGAUGAAUGGAAGAAGAAAGUCAUGGAAGUGGAGAAAGAAAAGAGUCAGUCAAUGCACCCUUCUGCUGUUGGUGGGCAGCAUUCCACAAAAAAAGUCCAGAAAAAUAGAAAUAACUAUGCCUCUGUAGAGUGUGGUGCCAAAAUCUUGGCAGCGAAUCCAGAGGCGAAGAGCACUUCAGCUAUUUUGAUGGAAAACAUGGACCUUUAUAUGCUAAAUCCUUGCAGUACUAAAAUCUGGUUUGUUAUUGAGCUCUGUGAACCAGUCCAAGUAAAGCAGCUUGACAUUGCAAAUCAUGAAUUAUUCUCUUCCACUCCUAAAGACUUUCUGGUAUCCAUUAGUGACAGGUAUCCAACAAACAAAUGGAUUAAAUUAGGUACUUUCCAUGCCAGAGAUGAGAGAAAUGUCCAAAGCUUUCCUUUGGAUGAACAGAUGUAUGCAAAAUAUGUUAAGAUGUUCAUCAAGUACAUAAAGGUGGAGUUGAUAUCGCACUUUGGAUCAGAACAUUUUUGUCCUUUAAGUCUUAUAAGGGUAUUUGGUACUAGCAUGGUUGAAGAGUAUGAAGAAAUAGCUGAUUCUCAGUAUCAGUCUGAACGACAAGAACUCUUUGAUGAAGACUAUGAUUAUCUAUUGGAUUACAAUACAGGGGAAGAAAAAUCUUCAAAAAAUCUCCUUGGUUCUGCUACAAAUGCUAUCCUAAGUAUGGUGAAUAUUGCUGCUAAUAUGCUCGGAGCCAAAACUGAAGAGUCAUCUGAAGCUGAAGGGAACAAAAGUGUGUCUGAAAAUGUCACUGCCACCCCUGCAACGUCAACAGCUGCACCAAGACUGCCUGAACCAACUCCUGUUCCUUCACCAGAACUUGUUACUACAGAUAUUCCACAGAUAGAUAAAGAGCAAUUAAUUGUGGAUUUGACAAAAGAAAGUCCUAUUGUUCAGCUAGUACAAGAGUAUGAAGAAGAUACAAGCCAGUCAACGGUAACCUUGCUGCCCAGUGAGGAUCAGGAAGAAGAAGCAUCGGCUUGGUUUGAACUUGAGACGGAAAAAUACUGCUAUGACAUGGCAACAGCAUGUUGUAUUUCCACCUUUUCAGAAUAUCUGUUUAAAUGGUGUUCAGUUGCAGUAGCCAUGCAUCGGCAGCGUAGUAAAACUGGAGGUAAACAAGGGCAAGAUUACUCUGCUGAUGUUCAGCAGCCACAGGCGGUUCUGACCGAAUCUAUACAUACGUCAAUAGACGAGCCUCUGCCUGAGCAAUUAGACAGCAAAGUUGAGAGAUCAUCUGGAUCUACUGUUGCAGUUGACUUCAGCAGUGUGGUCCAUGAGGAGAUCAGUAAUGACACCACAGAUUCAAUUGAACUGGAACCAAGCCAUCCUCAGACUGUCUCUCAAUCCCUCCUCUUAGAAGUUACUUCUGAAGUUAAGCCAUUGUCAACAACAGACACAGUGUUGGAGCCUGCAAAAGAAGAUGCAGGCCAGGUGGCACCAAGGGUGACUCCCCAGGUGGAUAUAGCUGAGAUCAGUGCAGAAACUGAAAAGGCUGAGAGCUCUGUUGCAGAAGACGACCCUGUAGCUUCUGAGACCAGUGUGGCCACUGAGGUAAAGGAGAUGGGCACAAGAGAGACUAUUGCUACUCCAGUGAUUUCAAAGCCUACAGAGACUGUUCUGCAGCCUGACUAUACAGUAGGCAUGUUAGCCAGUGAUGCUGGGGAAGGAAAGGAAAGCACUCCAGAAGUGCAGAAACCUGUUUUGCCGCCUAUUGAGUCUUCUAUAUCUGCCGACACAAAGGAGGAUGAUCAGGCAACUGAAGAAGCUUUAAUGGCAAUUCCGGUCUCUGGGGGACCGCAGAGAACAGCUACAGACUUCUAUGCUGAAUUGCAGAAUUCAACAGAUCUAGGCUAUGCUAAUGGAAAUCUUGUUCAUGGAUCUAACCAAAAGGAGUCUGUCUUCAUGCGCCUUAAUAAUCGCAUAAAAGCCCUAGAAGUAAACAUGUCACUCAGCAGCCGUUAUUUAGAAGAACUUAGUCAGAGGUACCGAAAGCAAAUGGAAGAGAUGCAGAAGGCUUUCAAUAAAACAAUAAUAAAACUUCAGAACACCUCAAGAAUAGCAGAAGAGCAGGAUCAGCGGCAAACAGAAGCAAUCCAGCUGUUACAAGCACAGCUCACCAAUAUGACGCAGCUAGUUUCCAAUCUGUCAACAACUGUGGCGGAAUUAAAACGUGAGGUUUCUGAUCGGCAGACUUACCUUGUGAUUUCUCUGGUUCUCUGUGUCAUUCUGGGCUUGGUGCUUUGUGUGCAGCGGUGCAGAAGCACUUCUCAGUUCUGUGAAGAUUACCUCUCAAAAAUUCCCAAAAGUAAUCACUACCCUAGCCCCAAAAGAUGUUUUUCCUCCUAUGAUGAUAUGAAUUUGAAAAGAAGAACUUCUCUUCCACUGGUCAGAUCACAGUCUUUUCAGCUAGCUGGUAAAGAAGUGGAUCCAGAGGACCUGUACAUUGUAGAACCCCUGAAGUUUUCCCCAGAGAAGAAGAAAAAGCGAUGUAAAUACAAAAGUGAAAAAAUAGAGACUAUUAAGCCAACAACAGAGCCUCUGCAUCCAAUAGCCAACGGGGAAAUUAAAGGAAGGAAGCCGUUUACGAACCAGAGGGACUUCUCUAACAUUGGGGAAGUUUAUCACUCUUCGUAUAAGGGUCCUCCAUCCGAAGGAAGCUCCGAAACGUCAUCACAGUCUGAGGAGUCCUAUUUUUGUGGCAUUUCAGCAUGUACGAGUCUGUGCAAUGGACAGACCCAAAAGACAAAAACUGAGAAGAGGGCUAUAAAACGAAGACGGUCUAAAGUUUCAGACCAAGGGAAGCUCAUAAAAACUCUAAUACAGACUAAGUCAGGGUCAAUGCCAAGCCUGCAUGACAUAAUCAAAGGAAACAAAGAUAUAACAGUGGGAACACUUGGUGUCACGGCAGUUUCUGGACACAUCUAAAACUAGCUGAACUUAUCAAACAGGAGAGUGUUUGUUCGUUUGAGAACAGUCUGUGGUAUUCUGUGGGAGGAUAGUGGGAGACGAAGAGCUCAACUAAUUGGAAAGUAUUCAGAAAUUUGGUUUCUGCCUUUUUAAAUAGAUGGGAUUGUGUCAAUCUUGGCUAUAAGCUGCAGCUUUACGAGGCUGAUAAUUUCCUAUGAGAACAGCUUGGGGGGAGGGAGGGCAGGGUUCAUUUUAUAAAGGUUUUUUUUCACAGUUCCUGGGGCAGAGAUUUUUUUGAAACCCAGUUUGUUGGGUGGAAUAGGGAUAAAAGCCUAAUCCUCUUCCUUUAGCUUUGUUCCUAUUUCUUGCACCUUCCCAUAUUUAUGUGCCUUUUGUCUAUUUAUAAUGCCACUGGAAGAGGGGAGAUACAAUUGUUUGUCAUUUGAUUUAUUUUGUAAUUUCUCUAGCUUUUUUUGAAGAUGCAACACUACAGUGCUGUAAAGGGACAUGUGUUGGCCUUCAGCUGGACUCAGUAAUGUGGACUGGAUACUGUAAAAAUACUAAUAGAUGGACUUGUCUGACUAGAUUCUGGUUUUGCAAACUCGAUUGAGAAAAAUAUCUCACUAGAGAUGGUAAUCACAUUUAUUUCCACCUUCAGUUACAAAUCGGAGCUGUAGUCUGAUGUGCUAAAUGAAUGACAGUUGCUUUCUAGGAUUUCCUGUGUACGAUGGGAUCUUAGGCUGAUGAACGCAUUUGUUAUCUAAAUUGCCUGCUAUAGUUCUCUGAAGGAAGUGAUGGGG